AUGGCAUGGAAAGGGAUGAUGGUGCGAUGGGAUGAUGGGCGCGCAGCUGGGUGCUUCAGCAGCUGGGUGCUUCAGCAGCUGGGUGCUUCAGCAGCUGGGUGCUUCAGCAGCUGGGUGCUUCAGCAGCUGGGUGCUUCAGCAGCUGGGUGCUUCAGCAGCUGGGUGCUUCAGCAGCUGGGUGCUUCAGCAGCUGGGUGCUUCAGCAGCUGGGUGCUUCAGCAGCUGGGUGCUUCAGCAGCUGGGUGCUUCAGCAGCUGGGUGCUUCAGCAGCUGGGUGCUUCAGCAGCUGGGUGCUUCAGCAGCUGGGUGCUUCAGCAGCUGGGUGCUUCAGCAGCUGGGUGCUUCAGCAGCUGGGUGCUUCAGCAGCUGGGUGCUUCAGCAGCUGGGUCUCACCCGAAGUGUCGCGUCCACGCCACCACCACGCGCCGCGUCGCCCACAGUGACGUCAGCGCCACUCGCGUGCCGUCCAGCGCCGUCACCUCCACGCCCGCCAGCGACGCCGCCCACGACGCCGCGACGGGCUCCGCCGCUCGGCUGGAUGGCGCCGCCGCGUUCGACGGGCCGCGGGGCUCGCCGGCCGGCUCCGACGGGCGCGGCGACGCGGCCUCUGGCGGCGGUGGACCGUUGGCCGCCGCGCUGACCGCCACCCGCCGACGCGUUGACUCGCGUUGA